AUGGAGGCGUCUGUGGAACAGAGACACUUGCUGAGCUGCACCCCCGGCCGGCCCAGAGCAGAACCCCACACCCAGCUCCAAGUGGAGUCAGAAAAAUACAUUGUGCCCCAGAAGUGCUACAGUUCCGCCUUUGGCCACCAGAGGACGCUGUGGCGCCAGAGCAGCCAGCAGCAUGAAGACAACCCGCUCUUCUGGCGCCACAGCGGCCCCUGCUCCUCCGUUACCCCUGAAUCUCCCAAGUGUUUUUACUGCUUCUCAGAGGUGCAGGAAAUGCAGGUCUGUCCUGUGAUUUUAAUGAACUACUCAAAGUUCCGUGUUAAUAUGCCAGGUUUCUGGCUGGCCGGGCGGAGCGGGGUGUUCGGAGAGGGGUCCUACCCCAAACCCUCCAUCUCCGUCAGCCCCGGGGGGGUGAUCCCCAUGGGGGGAAACGUCACUGUCCGGUGUCGGCAUCAGCGCCUGGGCAUGAGGAUCCUCCUCUACAAGGAUGGAGCUGGGAACUAUCUGACUUACACAGACCCUGCCGGCUCUGAGGCUGAAUUUCCCAUCACCAGCGCCAGACGGGACCACGGGGGCAGUUACACCUGUCGUUAUAGCAACAGAUCAGUACGAGCUGCCUACUCGGAGCCCAGUGACCCUGUGCAGAUCAUUGUAGCAGAUCCCAGCUUACCCAGACCCUCCAUCUCUCUGAGCCUCACUUCGGUCAACGCCUCAGGGGCGGAUGCCACCAUCCGGUGUCAGGUUCAGCGCCGGGAUGUGAGGUUCUUCCUGCACAAGGCUGGAGACCUGAACCCGCAGCGACACAUGGACCCUGCUGUGGCCGGGGCCGAGUUCCGCAUCCCCAGCGUGGGCCGGCAGCACAGAGGGAGCUACAGCUGCAGCUACCGGCCCCGGUCAGAGCCCUUCGUCGCCUCGCAGCCCAGCGACACCGUGCAGCUGGCGAUAGCAGAGCCCAGCUACCCCAAACCCAACAUCUCCCUGCGCCCCAGCGGGCAGGUCACCCUGGGGGGAGCCGUGACCAUCCGGUGUGAGUGUCGGUGUCGGGGAGCGAGGGUCCUUCUGAGUAAAGCUGGAGACCCGGACGCACGGCGCUCGAUGGACGCCGUGGGGGACGUGGCUGAGUUUCCCAUCCGCAAUGUUAGCUGGGGAGACGCAGGGAGCUACAGCUGCCGAUACAGCACCAAGUGGGACCCGCCCGUCUGGUCGGAGCCCAGCGACCCCGUGGAGCUGGUGGUAUCAGAGGGAACUGACCCAGCUGGGCCCCAGCAGCCAGAUCCCCCCCCGAUGGAGCCGGAGGGAGAAGGGGGAACCGACCCGACUCAGCCGGGAAAAGCGCCGGCUCCCACCCGCCCAGGCACCGUGGGGCCAGGUACUGGGGCUGGGGGGAGAAUCACCAUCGAACCAGCUCUGGAAACAGAGGGAACCAACCCAGAUGGGACCAAGCAAACAGAUCCCUCCACGACGGAGUCAGAGGGAGAAGGAGGAUCUGACCCGACUCAGCCGGGAACGACACCAGCUCCCACCCACCCAGGCAACGCAAGGCCAGGUACCGAAUCUGGGGGCAGGAAAUCGCCAUCAAUCCCCCCAGAAACAGGGAGAUCCGAAUCGCCGGCACCUCUGGUUCAGACCAGCACCAUCAUCGCCGGGGUGAGCGCAGCAGCCGCCGGCCUCCUCCUCCUCCUCCUCGUGGCCUUCGUCUGCUACAGAAGAACCCAAGGAGGGAAAGGACCAGCCCCGAGACAGAGCAGCGGAAUCUGGCCCCCUCCUCCCUCUGCAGCGGGGUUCCCCACCCACUUUUCUCUCCCUCUCUUUCGCCCUAGACUUCCCCCACCCUGUAUUUCUAGUGUAUAAAUCCCCACAGCUUCCUGCUCCCCUGCCCCCAAAUCUCCCCACCCCAGGGGGCAGCUGUGACACCGGAGCCUCCAAAUGUCCCCUCGUGGGGGGUUCAGCCGACGACGGUGAGUGAGAAGUUCAGGCAGCGUCAUGAGAACCUGGACGAACGAACGUUGGGGGGGAAAGUUGGCGAGGCAGAAAGACGGGAUUAGUCCAACCCGAGCGGCCGCCGGACAGACCCCACGGGCCGGGCUGGGGCCUGCCUGGGA